ACCUGUUGUUCGCUGCGUGUAUUACCGACCGGACUGAAAAUGGAGUUCGGGAGAUUUCUUAUCACUGCAAGUUUCCUGGGAGCCUUCAUGUUGGUGGUGUCAGCAGAGACGGUGAAGCCACCUGCACAUCACCGAGAUGGUAUCUUUUCUCUGGGAGACAAAAACAACGACUCCAUCCUGUCAUUGCCAGAGUGCACUCAAGUCUGGAGUACUUUUGACGUGGACUCGGAUGACAUGAUCAGCAAAAUUGAGUUUCUGUUCAGAUGGAGGUUCUCAAAUCUCAACGACGCCAAGCAUGCUCCACUGUUCUUCCGUCUCAUCGAUGUCGAUUUCGACGGCUCUAUCAGCAAAUCCGAGAUAGAGAAACUCUGCAAAUUCUUCGACGAUGACGAAGACGGAAGGAUCAGUAUGUUCGAGUACGACCUCACUUGGGAGGGACUAUUCAACUUCAUCAGAACAGACAGUGACUUAUUAUAAACCUGGUCUUCCCGAUAUCAGAGAAAGAAAGUCCCUGGCCAGUCGGCAGAUCUUGGGUGUCUGAUCACCUCCUUAAAAAGAGUGAAAUUUACUUGAAAUAAAGUACGGUUUGUCUUCAUU